AUGUCUUCCACCAUUCCCCACUCCACCACCGUCCUCGAGAGCUGUGUGAUCCGCGCCCCUCUCGCUCACGUAUGGCACCAGAUCAAGCUUGAGCACUUCGACAAGUUCUGGUCUGCCAUCUCCAAGGCCGAGUAUGUCAAGGGUGCGAGCAACGAUGUCGACGUGGUGAACUGGACCUUCAAGGACGGUACCGUCUUGCAGGUGAAGCAGGAGGAGCACAGCGUGAGUUGCGGAAAAAUAGAAGAAGCGAUGAUGUGAAGGAGUAUUGAUUGGAUCUUGAACAGACUAUCAACCACUACAUCACCUACAGUGUGAUCUCUUCGCAGCCGGAAUUGAGCUACUCCUCUGCCUUGAGCACAAUCCGCUGCUACCCCAUCACGUCCGGUGAGCUGGAGGGUUCGACCAUGGUUGAGUGGUCCGGAAACGUUAGUUCUUCGACGACUCUUUGAUGGUUUAUUAUGCUAACACAAUAUUCUAGUUCUCUUCCGACGCCGACGCCGGUGUCAUCCAGGAUGCCAAGUUCAAGCGCCGCGAGGCUCUCGCCGACCUGGCCAAGACUGCUGCGAAGAAUUAG